AACAAGUUGUUGCUGCCACAGUCAACGCCGCUGCCGCUGCCUCAGUCGACGGCGACGCAGAACGACGAUCACUCCCUUUGCAUUUUCAAAUUUUCAGUUUCAGUUCGCGUUGGAACGUUGAACAAGACGUGUGAAGAGCCUGCGAUUUGUUUGAUCUUUCGGUCAUCAGAAAUACCUAAUAAAAGUGUCUGUGCGGUCGUCCAGGAAGCGGCGGAAGUGUGGAAAUACUCGUAAAAAUAACUCAAGUCGUUUCCAUUCUAAAUUGCGCGUUGACAGCCACAAGUGGCGCAAACAAGCCAGCAACAAGGAGCUGUCAGUUCCGUCCCGCCGAGUAAAAUUCACUUGGAUCUGCAAGUCGGCAGUGGGGGCACUUCUUGAGCACGAGCAACGUCCUUGACCAAGAGCGGACGGUGAGAUUUUGGAGUGAGGAGCCGGUACCGUACCUCCUCCGCCCUUCAUCCCCACACCCCAAACAAAAACAACACAGAAGACUACAUCAACAGCGACCACGAUGAAUUGGACGCGCGUGCUGCUAAUCGGGUUGACCGCCUUGGCGCUGACAUUUGUGGAGGUUGCAUCACUCUCACUCGAUCCAGUUGCCUCUGCUGAACUGGAGCAGUUUAUAAGGAAGGGAGAUGUGGUCAUAUCAACGCGACACAUACGACCUCGUCGAAAGCUGCACAUAUCCAUAGAAGCUCUCUUCAUGAUCGACUUUCCCAUGUUGAAGCACAAGAUGUCCUUCUUCCUGGACCGCAAGCAACAGCGGGUAACCCUGGAUAUCAGUGCGAAUGGAGCCACCGAGUCGAGGAACUUCGAGAUACCCAACAUCAAUGAGACGAGCACCAUCCGAUCACUGGCGCUGCAAUUCUCCAAGAAUCGCAUAACGCUCUAUGUGGACUGCAAGGCGAGCACGCAUCACGACAUCGAAAUGAACCUGGCCAAGUUGUACACCCAGAUGGAUGAUCCGGUGAUCAAGCUGUUCCGUGAGCGCAAGUAUCCCCUGCACUUCGACGGGGACAUGGAGCACUCCCUGCAGAGGGCCAACUGCCAGAAGGGAAUGCAUCGGCGUGGCAAUCGUCGCAUGCUGCGCAACAAGAUCACCGAGCGAGAGAAGAACAAGAAGCGAGAUGUGCGCGGCUGGUAUGAGCCCACCAUCGCCAGGGAAGGAGUCGCGGACCACAGGCACCAGGAGGUUCCAACGGACGUGGAGCGCGGCGACAUUCCCGUUCUGAAUGGCGAUUGCGAAGACGCCCUCGCACGCUCGCUGAGCGAUUUACUGGCUUUGGUGAAGCUGCUCCGCGAAGACGUCGCCCACCAGCGCCAGGAGAUUGCCUACCUGCGGAUGCUCUUGGAGAACUGUGCCGGCUGCAAGAACCCCCUCAGCGAUAACCAACUACGCAUCGAGCCCGACUGCCGAUCCGCCAAUCCCUGCUAUCCUGGAGUGGAGUGCCUAGACUCAGCGGCCGGUCCCAGAUGUGGCCAUUGUCCCCUUGGCUUCAUUGGCGAUGGCAAGACCUGUAAACCGGGCGUUACCUGCGCCCACCACAUGUGCUAUCCAGGCGUUCAGUGUCACGAUACCGUGAAUGGGGCCCAGUGUGACUCCUGUCCAGCCGGCUAUGAAGGUGAUGGACGCACAUGUUCGCUACGUAAUCCUUGCCUGGACACACCGUGCCCCUCAGGCAACAUUCUAGUGCCCUCGCAUAAUGUGCAACACUAUCAGAGGCAGAGCCAGUACACGGCCCGCAAAUACUCGGUCGUAACGAACUAAUUCGCAGCGGAAGGGACUAUCGCAACGUUUUGGCUAAGCUAUGAUAACACACCUAAAUUACAUAAAUACAGAACGUAGAAAGUGCACAUAUUGAAUUACUAUCUAUAUAAAAUAGUCAUAAGUUGUAAGCUCUACGAUUGGCAAACAGCGGAAUUCAUAGUAUUAGCAAUCAAUUUUGAAAAGCAGAACGCAGCUCCAACGAAGCAAAAAUAUGAGAUAAUAUUUUUGAAAAACUUAUGCUAGACUAGAGUAUAUUGUAUGUCCCAAUUAAAUGUCCAGAAAGUGGAGUCUAUAAACGUGUAACAAAAUUUGCUUUCCCCCGCCUGAAAUCUCCCACUUAUUGUAAUAAACUAUGAAUAAUAUUAAUAAAAAAAUGUAUGCUGUAA